ACAAACUUUUUAACAAAUACAUCGAUGAAUCCGACAAUAUCUCUGAAAAAUAUGAAUAUGAAGUAGAAGAGAACAAUAAUGGUUUUGGAACAACUGAUAAUAAUAAUAAUACCUUCGUUGAUGAUACUGAUGAUAUACCUACC